CAGAGGGCUAAUCGUGACGUCUUCAGUCAUCUGGGUGAUUACGUGUAAAGUCUCCUGUAUGAGCUGUAGCUCGCUGACUAGCACUGGCUAGCAUCCCGUUGGAAACACAAAGUCUAUAGGUCAUAUUACGGACUGCCACGGCUCCAGCUUUGCUUUCAGUGUUUGUAGAGAGCAAAAAGCAUUUCACCCUCGAGAACCACACGAAGUGACUUUCAAUCGAAGUGAAAAUGAUGUAGCAGUAUGGAAGUACUAUCAGGAACCUCUUUCAGGUGUUACUGCAUAAGGAAGUGGUGCUGUCUGAGGCGACACAGCAGGGAGCCUUAAACUCUGAGCACUGGGUGAAGAAACUGAACUGCACCCAAGAAGAGAAACUGAAAGAAGAAUAUGUUUGCUAAACUGAAAAAGAAGAUUGCAGAGGAGGCCGCCACAGCACCUCGGAGUGGUGUUCGCAUACCCCGUACCAUCAGCAAGGAAUCCAUCACCUCAGUGGGAGCAGACUCCGGGGAUGACUUUGCAUCUGAUGGCAGCAGCUCCAGGGAUGACCUUCCUGCCCAGCUCCUCAGAAGAAAUGAUCAGAUCCGGAGGCUGGAGGCCAAGCUGUCAGACUACGCUGAGCAGCUGCGAAUUAUGCAGAAGACCAAGGAGAAGCUUGAAAUUGCAUUAGAAAGGCAUCAGGAUUCAUCCAUAAAGAAACUUCAGGAACAGAAUGACUCUCAUCAGGUCAGCAGAGCCAAAAUGGCAGAGGGGAUGGCUUUAGCGCUGGAGAAAAAAGAUCAGGAGUGGAUGGAGAAAAUGGCCAAUUCAGACAAAGAGAAGGCUGCCCUGUCAGCUCGGCUAGAGGAGAUGAUGGAACAAAGCUUAGCACUCUUUCAAAAAAGGGACGACCUGGAUGAACUGGAGGGCUUUCAGCAGCAGGAGCUCGCUAAAGUUAAACACAUGUUGCUGAGGAAGGAAGAACUGCUGAGCCAGCAAGAGCGGGAACUUCAGCAUAAGGAGGCUGAUAUUCAGUCAGCAAAGCGAGGGCUGGCCGAGGCUCGGGGGAAGCUCCAGACUCUGGAACGGCAGCACGAGGAGAGCUGCAGACUCAACUCUGAGCUGGAGAUAGAGCGAGAAGAGCUGCUGCUGCUCAGAGAGGAGGCUGACAAGAAGGUCGGUGAGCUAGAGGGACGAUGCCAGGAGCUGCAGUCAGUCAUCCAGCAGGUCUCUGAAGACUUCCAGAAGUCACAGAGUAUGGUUUCCACGUUGGAGAAGUCCCUCCAUGAAUUACAGACAGAACAUGAUGCUCUGAAGCUGCAGCAGCAAAAGGCGGCUGUGACGGUGGAGGACAAGGAGCGUUUGUUGGUGGAGCUUCAGAAGAAGGUAACAUCGUUGGAGAGACGACUGCAGGGGAACCUGAGCCAGGAUGAGCACCUACAGGAGCUGCUGCAGGAGAAGUCUAGUCUGGAGCAAAGUCUGGACGGGACGAGAGCAGAGCUGCUGGCUGUCCGAACAGACCACGCUGAUGCCGUCAGCUCUCUGGAGGCUCAGGUGUCGAGGAUGAGUGUCACCAUUACUGAGCUGCAGACUCUUCUGCGACACAAAGACGACUCGUCCAGGGCCUACAGAGAGAGGACAGACACACAAAUUGCUCAGCUGGAGCAGCAGGUUGUAGAGAGCAGUGAGAGGCUGAGCAGUGCACAGCAGCAGAUCGCAGAGAAGCAGCAGAACAUGGAGAAACUGGAGGGAGAGCGGAGUGCAGAGAAGGCCUUUCUGGACCAGCAGCUGUCUUUGUUAGAGCAGCAGAGUCGGGAGAAGAUGAGCCGACUGGAGGACUGUGUCGCCUCUUUACAGAAGGACAAACAGACACUACAGACCCGGCUGGCUGAUCUGGACAAGCAGAUGAAUGAGGUGGACUCUGUUCUGAAGCAGCGGACAGAAGAAUUGGAGCAGUGCAGGGUGGAGCUAAACAGCCGACAGACGCUGAGCACAGAAAUCGCCAAAGCUCUGGAAGAAACCAGACGACAGAAGGAGGGCCUGCAAACACAGGUUGCAGAGCUGAGUGCGGCUCUACAGAGCUCACAGCAGGAAGUGACCGCUGUCACUGAGAAGCUAGCACUCAGAGAGGAGGACAUCAGAUCCCUGCAGAACGAGGUGCAGGGGCGACAGGCAUCCCUGGUGGAGGUGCAGGAGGAGGCUGAGCGGCUGAGAGCCCAGCUGGAGCAGGUGGAGCUGGACAAAGACUCCCAGGUCACCAGCCUGAAGGAGGAGCUGCUCACACAGACUCAGCAGCUGGACAGCUGCCAGGCUCGGAUCUCCUACCUGGAAGUGGAGGUGGAAACCCUGACCGAGCAGCUCCACAGUCAUAGUGUAGUCUGUGAGGAGGAUCAGAACGGCAGCGUGACCGUGGAUGACCUGGAUCACAUCCAGAAAGUCAACAGAGAGCUGGAGCAAGAGCUCAGUGACAAGAACAGGACCAUAAAGCAGCUGCAGCAGAGACUGGCAGAACUGAAGAGGACUUUGCAGAAAGAACUGAAAUUAAAACCUGAGUCAGAAGCUGAAGGGAGGGAGAAGCUACCUGAAAGCAGAGCAGAAAAACCGGAGAGGGUUUGUCCUGACCCUGCACCUGCAUCCACCCCGAGUCCCCCAACCUCCAACACCACAGUGACCAACACCUCGGACCUCAAUGACUCAAGAGAAAUUAAUUUUGAGUAUCUCAAGCACGUCGUCCUCAAGUUCAUGUCAUCCAGAGAGGCAGAGGCAUACCAGCUGAUAAGAGCUGUAUCUGUGCUGCUGAACUUCACUCGAGAAGAAGAGGACAUGCUGAAGCAAACUCUGGAGUACAAGAUGUCCUGGUUUGGAUCGAAGCCUUCUCCAAAGGGAAUCGUCCGCCCUUCUAUCUCAGGAUCAGCUCAUUGGAGCUGAUUUUACAGCAGAAAGAGCUGAAGUGAUGGAGAGACUGAGAAAAAGACAGAGCACCUCCUUCCUGUCUAGCUCCCAUCACUGAGCAGGACUCCAGCCUCCCAGUUUUUCCCUGGCUCUGUGGGAGGUACUGAUGUGAGGACAGAGGAGGGGCUGCGCAUCAUCAUUUAGGGACGAAGGCUUACUCAUAAUCAGUGGUGAUUUUUAAAAUGACGUUUUUGAUUUUUCUUCAAUCAUAUGACACUAAUCUGAUGGUUUUUUGUCAGCAAAAAGUGAGUUACUAUGUGAGACAUCACACAGGAGUAACGCUCUGUUGUUUUUGGGGUUAACUUGUUGUUUAUCACUUCAUUUUAAAUCAGAGGGCUUAUUUAAUGAAAACGGGUCACUUUACUGACCCGUACAGUUGGCUUUAGUAUCAAUGAGUCUAUUUAAUGGUAUAUAAAUGGUUCACACUGGUGUCAGAGGACCAGCUGUUCUCACAUUGAAGAAUGCUGCAUUGGAAACUGAAAGUCUUCUGUGGGUCACACAAACCUUUGAUUACAUCUUUAAUCAACACAGUGUCUUUCGCCCCCGAGCAGAGCAAACCUGGGACCAGGUGUUUGGGUUCAAUGGAUUCAUUUUGCUUCUCCUGCUGUUGAUCCUCCAUUAAUAGUUUUUCUUCCAUUUCUCUGCCACUGAUGAGGUUUUCGGUCAACUGAGUCACCCAGAGACCGAGAGGAAUAAAACACAACCAGUUCAAAAAUUGGUCAAUAUAGAAAUCUCUCUAAUUAAUCAAUACUUUUAUUUUAUUUAUUUUUAAUUUGAUUUUAAUAAUUUGUUGUACAUUUUAAUGACAAACUUUAAAGGUGAAUUAAAUGACCUGUGGUCCACCUGCAGUACCUGCUUUGCUGUCUAGGCUGCAACUAACCACACUCUGGGACGCAACAAUCAAAGAAAUCAAGGCUGUGAUUAAUGUCCAAUAUGAUCAUCAUAAUCCAACAUUUUCCUAAUAGAUGGCAAUGCUGACCUUGCUCCAGCUUCCAUGCAUGUUGAACUGUAGUUGCUCUCUGUACUGUGGUGGAUUAAAGAUGUAAGAUCACCCGUGUAAUACCAAUAUGUGCCACAGUGUGGUGCAGUCACAUUCUGAUUCGCAGAGGCAGCCCGGGAAAGAAGACUGAUGUGAAAGCUGUUUGAUACUCUGAGUCUGAUCUCCACGCGCUGUUUUUCUUUUUCUCUCUCCUUUAACACCAGUGUGAAAAAUAUAGGCUGUAUAUAAAUUCAACUGAAAUAAUACAACUGUGGUCAAAGUUUUCAUACAUUCAUCGUGUACAUGAAUGUGAAGUAAUUUAUGGUUUGUAUUUCUUUGAACUAGUUUUUUUCCCAGGGUUGAAUCAUUGUAAACAUUGAAACAUCGUACAUGUUGACAAGGAUACAGUCAGGCUCACACACACACACACACACACACACACACUCCCUCCCUCCCUCCCUCUUGGUGAUUGUUAUUGACUAAAAUUGUUAGUUUCUCUCUGUCAGCAUAAAGUUUUUGUUUGACAGCACUCACUGCAUCAUCCAUUACUAAGAACAGUGGGAAGUCCAAGGACCUCAGUGAAGGUCGCAGAAGGAGAACUGUGAAUUUACACAAGUUGUGAAUGUCCAUUGGACCCAUUCCUAAACAACUACACUUUUCAAGAUCAUCAGUUCAACUAUUGUACAUAAGUACAAGUUAUUCCAGUGUCUCACCACCUCACCAGUGUCUGGAAGAAGAGUCGAGCUGUCAUUCUGAAAUGAGACACUGGUUAGGAUGUUCAGGAGCAACCCAGAAACCACCAAGGGUCAGGUCUGCUAUGAACUGCUAACAGCUGCUACUAACAGCAUCCACAAUGAAGUGAGUUUUACAUCAACAUGGACUGAGAGAGUGCUGACCGAGAAACAAGGCCCCGCUCCGAAAUAGACGUCUGCAAACUUGACAUGAAGCCAACUGCCCUUUGGAGACAAUUCAAAAUAAAAAAUAAUACCCAGUUCUUCUUGUUUUAAGUUGUUAAAGACACAUACUGUAUAACCAGUCCACCCUGGAAAAAGAACGGCUGAAAGAAAUCACUGAAGUCCAAAAUGCGAGUUUGUAAACUGACCACAGCUGUAUAUGAUAAAAAAGGUGAAUGCUCUGUAAAUGAUGAAGGAAAGGCUCUGCCUUCACCUGCCUUUGCUGAUGUAAAUCAAAGUACAUUCCACUUGGCUGUUUAUAAAGAGAAAUCUGUACAUACUGUAUGCAUUGAAAACUUUAUAAAUCAGUGAAUGUCAACAGUGAUCCGUUUAUAAUAUUUAUCGUUAUCAUAGACCUGAGCCCACACAUGUUUCUGCCCCAGCUCGUCACACUGUCCAUAACGGUGUCUUGUCCUGAGUGUCAGUCAUGUGAUUUGAAGUUUUAUCUGUUUGUAUAUAGAGAAAGCAAGAGCACAUCUUUGAAUGCAGAUUUGCCAUCAUGUUUAUUAUUACAGGUAGCAGACUGACGUGGUUAUGGACACUCCGUCAGCUUUUAUACUCUGAGAAUCAAAGAAAUGACAAAUGCACUUUUGAACCUGGUUGAUUCUGCUGUGUUAAACACUCAAAGAGCUUUUCUGCCUUUUGUUUUUAAUGACUCAGUGAUGUUUCUAUGACUGUUUUAUUCUGUGACUCUGGGAGGCACCACUGGUACAGAGUAGCUCAAAGUCAUUCAGAAAGACGUGUUUGUUGUGCGUUGGUCUGGUUAUUCACAUCGGCUUUUCAACAGCUGUGAAUGUCCACUUUAUUUAGAUCAUAAAACACUCUUAAUUAUGUGUUGCAAACUGUGGCCACCAAGAUAUCACCCAUUGGUUUAUUAUUAUUAUUAUGAGGCCUCACCAUUUUUUUUAUAGACACAUGAACACUAAACAAGUAAAACGAUAAUGAAAUACAAAAACUUUCCUUACCAAAACUGAAGAAAAAGCUGAUCUGUACCAGACCAGAUAAAAUCCAACAGAUAAUCCAUUAAAAUAUCUCCAGUUCUGUGAUCCUUGUAGUUCAGUUGGUAGAGUGCCACCAGCUACAGUUGUUAGCAUGCUGCUAACUGUUAUAUCUGUAUUCCAAUAACCAGAAAACGAAAACUAUGUGUUAUGGGGGUGUUAAUCCAAAGGCUUUCCAGUGCUGUAAAACUGGCAUUUUAAAAUGGGACACUUCAUGGUCUGACUUCCUUUUAGCGGCAGCAGAAGUGGACCCUAGAGGAACUGCAGUGAUGGUUUGAACUUAUAAAGCUUCAGUGUUUUUUCUGCUUGUUUGUUACCCCUUUAAAGAAAAUGGAAAUUGGAAAAGAAAAAUGCAAACCCACACAGAUUAGAAGUGUGUGUCCACAAUUUAUAAACUAAGGUGGAUUCACAGUGCCUAGUUUUGGUCAUCUAAAAUUAUUCAGACCCCAUUCAGAUUGACACCCCCCCCAGUCUUGUCAAUCUUUCUCCCUUUUUUGCCGUAUUUUUCAAAUAACCUAUAUUUGACUACAGUGUAAUAAAACUGGAAAUUCUGU